CCCAAAUUUAGUACUACAAUAUAAAAUUGGUAUUAUAUAUACUCAUUUCAGAAAUAUGGUGUUAAUUUUUUGUUGUUUUCAAAUUGUAUAUACGUGGAUACUUUUUAGGAACAAAAGUUGUUAUCCAUUUGAAAAUGAGUGCUAAGAAUCUACCACCUGUGAAGUCACGAAAUACCAUCGUUGAAAUGAAAGGACAAACAUUUCCACAACAGAUAGUUCUGGUGAGUGGACACUUGGAUAGCUGGGAUGUUGGAGAGGGAGCAAUGGAUGAUGGUGCUGGUGCUUUCAUUUCCUGGCGUGUUCUUGAUAUCUUGACACGACUUAAACUAAAACCAAAACGUACGCUUCGAGCUGUUCUUUGGACAGGUGAAGAAGAAGGAUUAUUUGGAGCUAUAACUCAUCUUAAUAACAAUAAAAAGAAUUUAAAAAAUUUUAGUGUUGUAAUGGAAUCGGAUAUUGGAACAUUUAAGCCAUUAGGACUUACUUAUUCAGGAAAUAAUACUAUUGCUCAGUGUAUAAUGCAAGAAAUUCUAAAAUUAAUGUCUCCCAUUAAUGCAACACAAUUGAAUUUAAUGGAAGAAGGAUCAGACACAACUGUGUUUAUGAAUGCUGGAGUACCUGGUAUCAGUUUAGUAAAUGCUAAUGAGAAAUACUUUUAUUUCCAUCAUUCAAAUGGUGAUACCAUGACAGUAGAAGAUCCAGAAAAUCUGGAUUUGUGUACAGCUCUGUGGACAGCAUCUGCUUAUGUUUUAGCUGAUAUUCAAGAAAUGCUUCCACGUUAAUAAAUACUAAUCUAUUGUCUUGUCUACUUAAUUUUUAUAUAAAUUUUACAGUGGUGUUAAAUAAGUUUUGCAAUAAAUACUAUUUUUUGAUUAUUUUUUAUUUUUUAGUGAUUAAUCUGAUAGUUAUAGAGAAAGAUCAUCAUUUAACAAAUGAACAAGUAAUAAAAAUUAUAUAAUAAUUAUAUUUUGUUUUUUACUCAGUAUGAAACUUUAUAUGAACUAUUUGUUGUCAUAAAAUUUAAUAAGGUCAUAAUUAGUCAUUUAAUAUGGCUGUAUAUGUGAUAUUUAAUUUGAUUAAGUGUUCAAUAUUUCUCUGUAAUUAUAAAAUAUUUUUCAAUAUUUUGUUU